CCAAACAAAAAAUAACAAUAAUAAAAAACAACAAUAAUGAUGACAAAAACACAAAUUGCCGAGCAAUAUUUUAAUCGCAUACGUAACCGUUAUCCAAAUCUUGACAGUGAAAUUAAGGAUAUUCUAGCCGAGCACACAACGCCCGCAACGAGUAUCAGUCUUGGCGGUUUCGUCCUGAAAUAUGAAAAUGUGACAGGCAAGAAAUUUCCGCUGCGCAUGUGCAUGAUGAGAGCAACUCAAUAUUUGAUGACCAUACAGAAUAUUUGCGUAUAUUCAAAGAGUACAGGCAACCGUUUUAUAUUUAAAAGAAUGUAAUUAUUUUAGAUGCUGAAAUUAUUUUGAAAGAAUAUUUGUUUAUACAUAUUUUUUACACGCACAUACGUGUAGGUUUUGCGGUUUAUUUUUAAUAAAUUAGUUUAUAAUAAAAACACAUUAAAUAUA